UCGGGCAGCAUCCCUUCGGCAUCGGCAGUAGCGGUGGCGGCAGACCGCAAUGGCAAUAAAAACAACAUAUCGCUAACAACUGAUUUGAAUGGCGGUUUCAGCAGUACGCAUUCGAAUUCGAAUAAAUUAAAUGGCAUUCAACCGCAACCAAUGAACAAAUCUCGAGAAUUUCUCGUAACGAGGCCAGGCGGCCGGAUGAGUCACUAUCCACAGCAGCGUAUGCGACAAUGCAGCGGCACCACCACCAUGCAACAGCGUUUCAGUAAUGGGGGCUAUUUGUGGAUAUUGACACCUGUUGCUGCUAGUAUUUCCGUUGCCAUUGUAAUGGCCGCAAUUGCUGGGCCCCAGUGGCUUUUCACCGAGGAAAAACUGCCAAAUGCCAAUUACAAUGGCACUGCUAAUUUCAAUUUGAUGGACGAUGGCGCCUAUAUAACAAAAUACACCAAAUCAAGUCUAUGGAUUUUAUGCACAGCCUUGCAAGGAGUCGAGACAUACAACUGCAUAAAAAUUGACUACUUCCCCAAGGAAGGCUACCAGCCGGAUCCGCACGAUUCAACUCCAGCGAUACCGUACACCGUCACCAAGUCAUGUCCAUUCUUCCUGGCAUCCGGUGUUUUUCUUCUGAUCAGCUUCAUCGUCUUCCUCGUGCCAACCUGUUCACAUCAGAAUAAUUUAUAUUACUUUAGUGCGGGCAUAAUGUUUAUUGUCUCAGGUUUAUUAAUGCUCAUCGGAUUAAUUGCAUACAUAUCCAUCCUAAAAGCGGAAAUUGGCUCAAAAUUGCGAUCGAGGUCCUCUUUGCAGCCGCCACUCUUCAAGGUUACCUAUGGACAAAGUUUCUUUCUGUUCGUUAUUGGCUUCAUAACGACUGAGUUUGUGGGGCUUUUGAACAUUUUUCUGUACAUCAGUCUGCAAGAAAUUGGAUAUUACAAUCGGUUGCCGUGCUUCAAUAUCACCAAUCUACAGGAAAAGCUGAAAGAGAACGAAACUCCUCACAGUCACACCUAUAAAAGCUAUAAACAUUCCUCGUCCUCGGUAGCCGUCGCACCCACUGUGCGCAAGCCCCAGCAAGGUCCUCGACUAAGCACCAAUAACCUUCAUCAGGUGCACAAUGUGUGCAUGUCGUCACCCGCAGCCGAAAUGGAAUUGGAUAGUAAAAAGCUGUUGCAACACAUGCCUGGCUUUGUUCCGUGUCGCAAGCAUCCGAAUGUGGCAGAGGCAUUCGUCAACACAGAAAUGGAGCGCAGGUAUUAUUUCGAGAAAUCACAACAACCGAAAUGCAAUUUGCAUUCGAGGAACUUUGCCAAAUCGCUUAAUGAACUCUACACCGAGCCAUCGCCCGAUUUGCCACCACCGCCACCUUCAGCGAUUAAAAUGGGCGGCACCUCGCAAACAUUUCCCCGCAUGCCACAGCAGAUCGCACGGUUCGGCGACUUCACACAAGACUUUCCGCUCACCCGCAGCGUUUCAACUACCACAGAUAUUUAUCCCAGCAACAAUUUCAGACGUACAACACCGCAUGUGGAGCGUAAAAGUCGACGCAACAUGGCGACAAAUACACGACCUCUUGACCCAGCCACACUAAGCGAAAGUGAACGCGGCGGCGGUGAAAGUGAAAUUGAACAAAAUCUGCCACGGCGGCGCCAAUUGGCCGAUAGCCAGUCUGACAGCAAUUACGAUGAUGAUGAACCACAGCGUCUGUGCGGCUUGAAACGGGGCAUACGUAAGACAAAGGAUGAACUUUUUCAGGAGUUUUGCAAACGUGCUGGAAUGCGUCCAAAACCGAAAAACAUUUACUUCAUUGCCAGCGAAGAAGAUGCGAUGGCGAUAUCUGACGAUGAAACGCAACGACGUCGUCUCAAUAAAGCCGCAAAUUGUUUUGAUAGUGGGCAACGUAGUAGCGGUGGGCGCCGUAAUUUUGGCAGAGAGAAUGAUGAAGUAAAUGAAGAGCAGAGCGCCAGGGAAGCGCAGGAUGACGAUGAAGGAGAAGGUGGCUUUUCGCAGUUACAAGACGAUGAGGAGCGCAUCUACGUCAUUCAAGAUAAUACUCAGUAUGGGACAAACCCAAUGUUUCGUAAUUUACGUCGUUCCUCCAUGUUCGUUGAGCCAACACACCUAAACAAGCUCAACUCCAAUCUCUCGCUGGCUACGCUAUACCCGCCCGAAGCGUCUACGCAAAAAAGCGCUUUUGGUAACGAACGCAGCGACUCAGCUUUGGAAAUCUGGCCACCUCCACCCAGCUUUAGCAACGGUGAGCCCUACUACGCAGCUGGCAAAAGUGCCUACUAUGGUUCGCAAAAUCGUCUGCACCAAAACUAUCAGCCCAAUGUCCAAAUCUACCAGAGUCGUACACUGCCGCGUUCAUUCCUAAAGAGUCACACUAACUCACAAAACAGCAUCGGCUCAGGCUCGUUGCAUGCAAGCGCGUCUGCGUUGCACAACACUUAUAGCAGCAGCCAAACCCGCCUGACCAAUCUAAUGUUACAACAUCCGCAACAACAACAACAACUACACCCCCAAAAUCUUUAUUUAUCGCAAUCACAAGCCGCGGAUAUAUACAAUUCAAGCUUUGCUAUGCAUAAAUCCAAUGACGAUCUCGUUUCGUUACGGCCCAGCAGCAAGUAUGACGAGCGAAGACUACAACGUCCACAGAACUCAGCCAACCAGCACAAUAUGAGCAAUGAGAGUCGUCUACCACAAACGGCAGUGCAUUGGCCUGCCGCCAUACCAUCCUCACCGUCCGGGUACGCGCCUAACUACCAACAAAUACAACAACUGGGCGCACCGACAACGCACAGCGGCAUCGGCAGCGGAGGCGGUAGUGGUAGUGUGGUGAAUGUACCGUCGAAAUUUCAGCGCGCCUAUGCGUUCGACGAACAGCGGCGUCCAAGUGGCAUGUUAGGCGAAACCUACGACCCAAACGAGCUAGAGCGCGAGCGACGACGUUCACAUGCCAGUGUCUACAGUGGCAUAUCAAUAAUGGGUGGCCCAAAUGGCACCGGCGGCAUCAAUGGCACUGACCACUACGACUUGAUUAAUGGCACUGCGGUGUGAGUGGGGGCAUAGCGUACCAUCGCUGGCUUGCCAUAAACGGAGUUCUUUGUUAGAUUGGUGGGUGGUAGCAGCAACGGCAGCAUCAUCAGUCGAAUGAUAAUAGCCGCGGGCAGAGCUUUGUAGAGGCAGCGCAAAACGAAAAUUGAUGAUUGUCGAUUACUAGUGGUUUUUACGUCAGCUUCGCCCCACCAGCCAAAAGGCCACAAUGGCCGUCUUAGUGUAUAAGUAAUUAAAACGGAAACUUAGGAAAAUAAUGUUGCACUGCCAGCUUAGAAAGGAAGGAGCAGUCGAAAUGUGUAGACAAUAGAGGUUAAAAAGUAUUUGCAAUUGGAAUUUCGACUUAGUGGACUGUAGAAAAUUUAUGGUUAACAAAAUCUAUACUCUAAGUAACUAAAUGCACUGAUUUAAACGUGAAUGUGUUGUAAUUUAUAUGUUG